GUAUAAGGUCGAACGGUAGUAGUAGCACGUCGACUGCGUGAACAAACAGUGCGUGUCAGAGAUUCUUCGAAAUUUUAAUCUAUCGAAACGAGAAUUCGUCAGAAGCGAAGCGGACAACAAUGAAAAUUAGAACAUGCCUGUUCACCGUGAUCGUGGUUUUAUUUAUUUUUGCAGACACAGACGGUCGUAAAACCAGCGGAGGACGAAGGAGCGGUAGCUCAGGAUGGGGUUCUUCCUCCGCCUCUCGGCGAGGAAGUAAUUCUAAUCAACGGACAAGAACAACUCAGCGGCCCUCACAAUCAGGCUCAACUCCGGGUAAAGUAGGAUGGAACGUACCACCGAACAAUAGCCCACCAGGGAGCGGGGCCGGGAACCCACCACCAUCACGAGGGAGCGGGGCCGGGAACGCACCACCAGGUAGCGGAGCCGGGAAACCUCCGCCGUAUACCGAACAUGCUUCCAAGACUAGCGCGACGAAUGUGCAAUCAGGACAUCCGUCGGGACCGCCACCGCCAUACACUCCAUCGGGCGGAUAUCCUCGACAGCCUGCCAACAAUCCUUCCUACGGAAACACGGGUUACCAGGGCUACCCGUCCCACAACGCGAAUCCUUCGUACCCCGGUGGUUACGGUGGCCACUCGCCGUACGGCCAGGCUUACAAUCCGUCUAUGCACAACGCGCCGCCAGCUUACAGUCCACCCUAUGGCGGUGGUUUCGGCGGACAGCCGUCCUACGCCCAUCAGCCGUCCUACGUUCAACCGGCUAUCGCACAAGCGCCGGCGCUCACCGUCCUGCAGCCGAGCCGACCCGGUAUCGGCCAGCUGGCCAAGGAAGCGCUGGUUUACUCCAGCGUGAGCGCGGGCGUGAGCGCGGCCGUCAACAGACUGCUACCGGGUGGCAUCUACGGCAGAAGUCCGGGAUACAGCAACGGCAACGCCGGCGGCGGCGGUACCCACACCGAGAUUACGUACAAUAAUUAUUAUAACAAUCAGUCGAAUCCGAAUCCGAAUGGGGAAGCGCCGGCGGCGGCGGCGGCGGCGGCACCGGCGAACAAUAACGGAGCGCCAGCCGCCAGCUCUGCAACGCCCGCGCCGGUCCAACCGCUACCGGAAGGGGAUAAAAAGGAACUUGCCGCGCGUGAAGCUAAUGCACCUAGCAACGCCAAUCCGCCCACUCCUCCGCAAGAGAAUCAGCCGAGUCAGCCGAACUAUCCGAUCUCCAACGACGAGGUGAAGAAGCUGUCGGAAAGUCUCUUCGAGGCGGAUAAGAACAACGCGUACAAGUACAUCACCGUGAAUCUGCAGGGCGAGACGAAGGAGGAUAGUACCGCGGAUGACGCUCCGCUGCCCCUACUGGACGUCAAACCGGAAGCGUAUGAAAUUCCGACGAUUAAAAGCGUGCUGGCGUUGUACGAUAAUUACGAGAUGAACGUUAAAACGAAAGAGACCGUCACGCCCGACGAGCGUAAGGAGGAAACGGAGCUGCUCGACAGGUUCUUGGAGACCGACGUGUUUAAAGCGACGAUGAAGUUCCUGGUCGACAAGGAAUUCGUUCCGAACGACGAGUACGAGUUUAAGGACACCCUGAAGCGCAUCUGGUUCUCGCAGUUCCAGCGAGUCGAGGGCGAGCCGUCCAGCUCCGGCUUCGAGGCGGUGUUCCUCGCGGAGAAGCUCGACUCCUUCAUGAUCGGGCCGCAGAGUUGGAUUUACUACGCCAAACAGGAGACGCAGAAGAAACUCGACUAUCGCGGAUACAUAAAGGACGUCAAACUAGCGGACAAGGGAGAAGCUAUCAAGAUACGGUCGGCGUUCAAUAUACCAGACACGAAACAUUCGGUCACGACCCUUCUCGUCGGCCUCUCACCCGAAUUGGAGAUGGCUCUUUACACAGUAUGCUUCUACCUGCGUCCGAAUGACGUAUGCCCGGUUUCGUUGGGCGGGAAGGACGUCAGUCUCGUUUCUACCAGAUUCAACUACUUCGGCAAAGAUAUUAUGAUCGCUGGCUUUGUCGCGGGAUGAAAUCCGAAGAUUUAAGAGUCGAGGAGCCCUUUUGAGAUUCUUUGAUAAAUUGUACGAUUAUAUAUAUAAAUUCUCGUAGAUAGCUAAGAAGAGAACAUUCUUAAGUCAAGAAAAUUUAUGGAACAAAAUUUGUACGUUUACAUGCUGCUUUUAGUUUAAUAUACAUAUUUAUCCACCAUGAUAUUUUAAGGUGAAUUCUGCGCUUUUAUUCAUUUAUCGAAUAUGUACAAACUUGAAUUCACGAAGACGAGACUAUGCGAGAUCUCUCUCUUUUUCACUAUAAACUUAUAUCUGUAAUAAAAUUGGAAGGGAUACAAUUAUAAUGCAUACCUCAGG